UUAAGCUUAAAGGCCCAAGCGCCCAAGCUCAAUAAGCCCUAACGAUUUCUUUUUUCUAAUUUUUUAAGAAUUGUAUCUGUAGGACUAAUCGAUCACCCCCCGACGCCCUUCUGUUCUCUGGCCAUCUACAAAACACCCGCAUCCACAGUCACCUAAUCGAAGCCCCAAUCGAAGUUUCCAACCGUGGCUAAGGAACAAGAAUGGUGUUGUUUUGGUGUCGGACAAGGCAAGUGCAGCUCCGGGCUAUAUCGAAUCAGUUGAAACGUUGCUAUUUUCAGAUUCACGAGUCGUCUUCGAUUAUCAGGGGAACCAACAUUGGUGUUGUGAAUGGUCCAUGUUUGUCUUUUCAUAGGACUGGAUCCGAGUUUGGCAACCGUGUGCGAUUCUUUGCGGCCCCUGCUCAGGUUAUUCACUUGUUAAGCCGAAGUAUGAAGGGAAGGAUAAGGAUAAGGAUAAGGAUAAGGGGCGCCCUCGAAUGAACAAACAAAUAAAUGAACCAUAUGUUAGGCUUGUCACUGAUGAAGGGCAUGAUGUAGUGGAAAGGGAUGUAGCAUUGGCGCGUGCAACAGAACUUGAACUUGAUUUAGUCGAGGUUCAAUCCGGUAACCCACCCGUUUGCAAACUCAUGGACUAUAACAAAGAGAUGUACAAAAAACAUAUAUUGGAGAAAGAGCGAACCAAAAAGAAGGCUGAUGUAUCCUUACGUAAAGGAGGAUUGAAAGAGGUUCGCAUUACUCAUAAAAUUGAUAAACAUGAUAUGCAAACAAAAGCGGACACCGUCAAACGAUUGGCUGAGCGUGGUUACCGAGUUAAGUGUAUGGCGGUGGUAGUGCCUAAUGAAGAUACCAAAAAGCAGAAUUUAGCAGGACUGCUAUCUCGUCUAGCUGCUCUGAUUGACGAUUUUUCUAUCGUGGAAAGUGGGCCCAAGAUAGAGGCGAAACAAGCAUACAUUGUUGUAAGACAUUCCAAAUUUGGACCGUUAAAGAAAGGCACAGGCAAAAAGAAUGUUUUAGAAAUACUAAAUAGUAGCAUUUCAAAACAAAGCCUGGAAGAAGAGCAAAGCUUAAACGAAGCCGAUUCUGAUACUGUAGAGGAUACGGAUUCCGAAACAGAAACGGAACUGGAUUCAACCGAUGACUUUGACCAAAACCAAAGGGUCAAAGCUGCACCAGAAGUUACAAAUAGGUAUGCAGCCACAAAACAAACUAAUAAUGGGUCAGAAAACAGGUAUGCAACCACUAGGCCGACAAAUGGUCCAGGUGUGAGAAGACAGUUUGAACCUGAAAGUCAAAGUCAACAUCAAAGUCAAAACCCAAACAAUCGACGAGGGGAUUUCAGCAGGCGAGGUCCAGGUGAAUCAGCAUCAGGUUAUGGGAUGUUUGAUCCACCAAAACCGAACAAUGAUUCGCAGAGAGAUAGUAGACCCGUCGAAGUAAACAGGUACCAGAAAGGACCGAGGCCACAAGUACCAACUUCACGGGGCGAUUACAGUAGAGAAAACACAAAUAUGAACCCUGGUGGCGUCAGGGAUAAGCAAGCCGGUUUCCGAAGAUGAAUAAACAAUUUUGUAGAAGCAAAUGCGGCACUUGUGGGUUGUCAUUUAAUUUUUAUUGGUAUAAUUUGCAUGGCUGGCACUAUGCAGUGUUUGCUAGUCCAUUGAGUUAUGAGAUUGAAACUGGAUUAAUAUAAUGAUCACACUGCUAAGGGUUAGUGGUUUUUUACCAUA